AUGUUGAUAUAUUCGAAUGUACUUGCAGGUAUCGAACGUGAGAUUUCAUCUCUUCAGCUGGAGGAGAAGAGACUAGUUGCAGAAAUCAAGAAAACAGCCAAGACUGGAAACGAGGCAAGUCUCCAUAUCGCGGCCACCAAGAUCUUAGCUCGUCAACUUGUUCGAUUGAGGCAACAGAUUACAAACUUACAAGGAAGCCGUGCUCAAAUUAGAGGUGUAACGACUCACACACAGGCUCUGUAUGCCAGCACUUCGAUUUCUUCUGGCAUGAAAGGUGCAACCAAAGCUAUGGUUGCAAUGAACAAGUUAUCUUCAGCUCCAAAGGGUCGGAUUGCUACAAAAACAGCUGCUCCUCCUGCUUCCACUGUAGCUACUAACAGGAGCUCUGAAUCCAGCGAAGUGGAUGAGCUUGAGAAGAGAUUGGCUUCUUUACGACGAAUCUGA